AUGGACAAAACUCUUCAUAUAGAAAAAAUUAAAUUUCCAAUUCAUGACACUCAUCUGAAUAAAAUUUAUGGAAAUUUGCGGAAUGCUUGUAUUUUAGCUGUUUUGGCACCACUCUGCUUUUUAUGGCGUGUAACAAUUUUGCCCCAUAUGAAUAAAUAUAAGAGUUUUUAUUCUAAUUAUGAUCCAAUGGAUUCCUUUGAUCGCAUGCAGACUGGAGGUUACCUGUCUUCGUGCCCAAAAGAAAAAGAUGACAAAAAAAAAUAAAAUACAAGAUACAUAUAUAUAAAAUACACGAAAAAUGUAAGGUUGCGUAAAUGUCAGUUCCAGUAGGUGAAAGAAAAUCCAAAUAAAUGAAGAAAUAUUGCCCAAAAUAAUAA